AUGUUACCCCGGAUGUAUCCGUCUACCUGUGACAACUUGUGGCCGGAAUACUCCCGGAGUAUGAGUGCGAGACGUGGCCUCUGGCCACAGAUGAUUCAACCAGAUUCCGUGGAAGAAACUAAUCACAAGGUUGCUGAAAUCUCUUCCACAGCCCAUGACCAGUUUUGUCCUUCAUUGAGUUCAUCAGGGAGGCGCAAUCCUCGAGUUUCUCUCAACCCUCGUCUAACAUUUGCAAACCAUAUUCACCUGCAUAUCAAGAUGUCUUCGGCCGAAUUCAUUUGGGCCUCUCGUGAAAACCAGAUUCCUGUGCAAAUGCGUGUACUAACUAGCUGUUUGUACUAUGUGGCUUAUAGUUCUUACGCAGAAUCGUGGCUUGGGAGAACACCCUUUCGGUGCCAAACUGCCACUCAACCAGAAAGAAACACGAGGGCCGGGAUACUGCCAGAGGAAGUCGAGAGACAGAGGUCAGGUUCGAACCACGGACGUACCGGCCCAUGGUUCGAACCCGACCUUUGCCUCUUGACUUCCCUGUCUAGGCUUGAACAGACUGGCAGCAUCCCAGCUCUCGUGCCCACUGUGAGUGGCGUGGCAGCUAAACACCGUACGGGUGUUACAGAUGAACGCGGGCUAUUACACGAAUCUGCACGAAUCCGCAAGACUCGGGCCGCGUUUAUUAAUUUGAGACACCUAUGGCGUCAGAUACGGGUUGUUUUGUUGUAUGGCUGUGAGACUUGGCCUAUUCGAGCACUGAGCCUGAGACUGCUUCAAGUGUUCGACAAUCGUUGUCUCAGAACGAUAGCUCGUGUGGGUUGGUGUCGGCGAAUCCGUAACGAGGCAGUUAGAGAGCGUGUUUCCGGAUGGGGACCGCGUGAUCCACACUGUGCCUGGUUGAAGACACUAUAA